GCACAGCGACUGUCAAAAGUCAACUUGAGACACUGAGCCGUCGUAUAAAAAGCUCCGAGGAGGGGAGCACAAUCUCUGCUCAUCGCGAGUCCGAGCUUUUUGUCGUGUGCGAAGGCCCAGGAGCCGCCCAUCUCCCACGCAACCAUCUGUCAUAGCUGGGCCUGGCAAUAACAUCCAAAAGAGACACAGGCCCAAGCACUCUUUCCUGCUACAACUCUCUACACUUGUCCGGCCAGCUUCAAAGGAUUGGCCCUCCUACUUGAACCCUUUCAAGAGCCCGCUGCAUGUUCUCGCGGAUGCAGUCAAGAACAGGCCUGGCGAGCUUCGUCGUCGCCGUCUUCCUCUUUCUCGUUUAUACCUCCUAUGCUCCCGACAGCACGACCUUGCGCGGCGGUAGCGCCUAUGCACGCGCAAAGGCCGUAUUGAAGGGUAGCACAAACAAAUGGCCACCCUCGACAUUCGACUCCAUUGCUGCAGAGACACAGCCAGCCUUCAACUCAACAGAAGCGCUCGACUUUUGGCGCUCAUUCGGCAACUUCAUGUAUCGCGGUAACUUGAGUUUCCCAGGUGUGCGGACGAGUGGCAAUAUGCCGGCUUGGGCGACUUUUGAGAAUGUCAAGCAAGGCGAGCAGGCUCCCAACACGCUGCUUGUUACAGAAGAUGAACUAUACGAGCUUCGCGAUCGGCAUAGAGAGGCGUUGCAGACGGUGGAUGAGAUGUCUGAUGGCCUACCUUUUCGGAGAGGGACGCGCGGUAUCGCCAUGACAUGCAAUGCGCUAGACUCGAGCGGCAUCAUUACGACAUCCUUACGCAUGCUUCGCAAAGUUGGGUCGACGCUGCCCGUAGAGAUCUGGUUCUGGCGCGACCAAGAUAUUGACGAGGUGAUGUGCAAGGAAGUCUGGGCUGAGCUUGGCGUAACGUGCCACAUUGUCGCACAUUACCUGCCGCAGGAGUCUGAUCUGGGCGAACAUGACAAGCCACUGGACGUGCCUCAGCACUUUACCAUGAAGAUUUACAGCAUUCUGUUUUCGAGUUUUGAGCAGGUCCUCUUCCUCGAUGCAGACCUCUUUCCAACCAUGUCUCCGGAUUCGUUGUUUGAGUCUGAACCUUUCACUUCACAUGGCAUGAUAUUGUGGCCGGACUAUUGGGCCAAUAUGGCGUCACCUCAAUACUUGUGGAUCACUGAACGAACACCAAUAGAUCGUUACCAGCGAGCUAGCACAGAGUCUGGUGCUAUUGUCGUCAACAAGCGUACUCAUGGCGCGACUUUGCUCCUAUCCGCCUACUACAACAGAUGGGGCCCUGCAUAUUGGUAUUGGCUAUUGGACCAAGGUUCAAAUGGCCACGGCGACAAGGAGACCUAUCUUCACGCAGCUGAAGCGUGUAACGAUCCCGUGUAUCAAGUCCACACACAGCCUAGACGCGUCGGCUAUCGUUGCGAAGGUCAACAGAUGCCCAUUGGAUCAGGACAACAUCAUCCAGAGGACGACUAUGCCAUCACACGCGCCGGUAUGCAUGAUCAGCGAUCCAUGCUCUCGGAUUUCCCAAGUCCGCGUGUCCUCUUCAUUCAUGGAAAUUUGCCCAAACUCGAAGCCGCAAUGGUCUUGGAUUUUGCCCCUGAUGGGUGGUUGAACCUAUUGCGUUGCAAUGCCGGCAAAGGAGAGGCACAUCGCCUCUUUGGUCCUGCAGAGAUGGCAAGACGCGUCUUUGGGUGGGAUAUUGAGCGCGCUAUCUGGGAUCAGAUGCUCUGGACGGCUUGUCACCACGAGUCUCGCAUCAUACGCUGGAGGGAUGGCGUUGUGUGGAACACUUAUCAUGAAGAUGGCUCUGUGACGGUCAAUGAAGGUAUUCCGCGACCCAAUGUCUGCGUUGACUUUACAAAAGCCUACAAGGACUUGUACGGUGAGACUGCAGAGCCAGACUUUAGCUUACCUGCACACGGAACGCUCAAAGAUCGGCCGUGGCUGCCCAUUGCAGGCAGCGCAUCAUGACUAUACUUAAAAUCAUUGUAGAGCACAGCAUUUUCAUUCUUUGGUAAUCAUCAAUCAUUUGGGCUUUAUGUGUAGGCUAAAACAAUGAAGCUGCAAGAACCUCCGACUGUGCCUCAAGUGUGGCAAGUCGUCUCCGCAAGAGCGUCACUUCAGCAGCGAGUGUCGCCUUUUCUUGCUGAUGCGCAGCUGUAAUCUCAGCCAUCACCUGUGCGAACUGCACCUCUUUCGCCUCGAGUGCAUCACUCUGCGCUUGCUCCCU